ACAUGUAACAUGUACAUCAUUCUAUAUGUUCAUAAAUAUAAGGCAACUUUAUCAGAGUGGACACUUCUUUGUUCAACAGUUCCACCUGCUUUACCCACCAAACCUCCAAUACCUGUUCCAGGAAUUCCUCCUCUUGCAGUUCCACCUGGUCUGCCUCUUCUUCCUACUCCGACAACAAUUCCCUCUGGGCGACCUCAAUACAGACCAGAAAAUAAACACACUAAUAACCAGAAUCAAAAUCAAGGAAAUUCAUCCAAAACAACAACAGUGUUUGUAGGUAAUAUAACUGAGAGAGCGUCUGAUGCACUUAUAAGACAAAUUUUAACGAAAUGCGGUCUUGUAGUAAACUGGAAACGUGUGCAAGGAGCCAAGGGAAAAUUACAAGCUUUUGGAUUCUGUGAUUAUGGAGACCCUGAAGCAAGUCUUCGAGCCAUAAGAUUACUUCAUACUAAAGUACUGGGAGACAAGGCAUUAGUUGUUAAAGUGGAUGCUAAAACCAAGACCUAUCUUGAUGAGUACAAAGCUGAGAAGAAAAAGGAAAUGAAAAAGAACCCAGAAGACAAGAAGAAAGAGGAUGGGGAAGCUGAUGAUGACGAAGAUGAUGAUAAUGACGAUCUUGAUGAAGAUACAUUAGCAGAGGAUACAAGGGUCCAGAAGGCUAUUGAACAGAUAUUAGUAGAGCAUUCUGAUAUUUUAAACAGGAAAACAGAAGGUGAUACUUAUUAUCGGCCCACGCACAGUGGUUCAGAGCAAAACUUGGAAGGACUGGAUAUGGAUACAGAAAAGAAAAGCUUAGUGUCACGGGAGAUCCGAAGCUUUCGAGACACGUACAGGAAAGAGGACAAGAGAAAGGAAGAGGAAAAGUCGGAAAGGAAGGAAAAAGAAAGGGAAAGAGAUAAAGAUCGAGAAAGGGACCGAGACAGAGAUAGAGACCGAGAUAAAGAUAGGGAAAGAGAGAGGGAAAGAGAAAGAGAAAGGGAAAGAAAACGUGAACGCGAAGAACGUGAACGCCGAGAAAAAGACCGUGAUCGUGGUGAUCGUGAUGAUCGUGACCGAGACCGUGAUCGCGAUAGAGAUCGUGAUCGCGACAAGGUGCGUGAAAAAGACCGUGAUUCUGACCGUGACAGAGAGAAGGAUCGUGAUUAUGACGAGGAGGAGGAGGCAGACAGAAGACGGCGAGAGAGGAGACAGAGGGAGAAGGAUGCAUCUUACCAAGAGCGUUUGAAAAAUUGGGAAGCAAGAGAGCGGAAGAGAGGCCGAGAAUACGAGCGAGAGAUGGAAAAGGAAGGGGAGAAGAAAGAUGAACAGGCCCGCGAGAGGAAACAUUUAUUAACAUUUCUUGAAGACUACGAAGAUGACAAAGAUGAUCCUAAAUAUUACAAGGGAAGCGCAUUGCAGAGACGGCGGCGGGAGCGAGAAAUGGAGGUGGAAGCCGACGAAAGAGACCGGCAACGAGAAAUGGAGGAAAUCGAAGAGAUUAGAAAACAAAUUGUUGAUACUCAGUCGGAAGAAAUGGAUGAGCAGGAUGGUAAAGACAGCGACAGAGAGGAAGAGCCUAAACCCGCUUUACAACCAACCUUUAAACCUGCGGUAGUACCACAACCUCAUUUUGUUCCUCAGGUUGAACCAGCCCCUGUAUCGAACUGGUCACCAAGCCCCAGGUCAACAGACUCUUCACCGGUCACUGUCGGCAUGAAAAGAUCGCGAGAGAAUGGGCAAGAAGCUGAGGCAGACGUGGAGCCAGCACCCAAGAAGGCGUUUGGAUUUGAGAUGAAGUUGAGCAGUAACAUGCCUUCCGCGGCCAGCCAGGCGAGUCGUAAGAAACUCGAGGCAGUGUUUGGCGGCGUUGACGAUGAUGACUUGGCAGGAGCGGUUCCCAAGCGGAAACUGGUCAAACUGGACGAGGAGGAGGCGUCUAAGGACGAGAGUGAUGAAGCUGAAGAUAAGAAACGGAUUAUUAAAUCGCUUAUAGAACGUAUUCCUACUGCUAAGGAAGAACUGUUUGCUUAUAGCUUGGAUUGGAGUAUUGUAGACCAGGGUCUUGUGGAUCGUAGAAUACGACCCUGGGUUAAUAAGAAAAUAAUUGAGUACAUUGGCGAAGAGGAGCUGACCUUAACAGACUUCAUUUGUAGCAAGGUCAUAGCGCGCAGUUCGCCAAAACAUAUCCUGGAGGAUGUGUCCAUGGUGUUAGACGAAGAAGCAGAGGUGUUCGUGGUGAAGAUGUGGCGCCUUCUUAUCUACGAGACAGAAGCCAAAAAGCUGGGGUUGGUCAAAUGAUCCUGUUAGAUUACUGUCUUUUCCUUAAUUCUUAUUUGUACUUUCCAUCUGUGUACAUGUGAAUGCCGUUUAGGGUUUUACAGACUAUUUAAAUAAUGUAAAUACGCUCCAUUGUCGCCUAUCCGUGGAUAGCAAUUCUUUCACUGCCAAGGUCUUCAUCGUGUAGUUCAUUAAUAAAAUGGUGGAAUUUUCCAAA